CUCAGACAAUGGAUGGAUGGAUUCUUUAAAAUUGUAUUUCCAAUUCUGGCCCGAGCCUCGGAUCCUUAUUAUGAAAGGUCGGCAGCAGCAACUUCCGGUAAGUCGUGCCUACUUGACUAUCGGUUGAAAGCCGCAACAUCGCCGCCUCCCGCUCACCUUGCCUGCCGCCGCCUCUGCCUGAGACUCGUAAGGAGAAGAGGCGUUAUUCCAUCAAUGACAACACAUUUGACGACUUGUCCUUAUUGUGGCUCGUUCUUGUCUACUUUGCGCCAAGCAGCAGGAGCAGGAGGAGGAGGAGGUGCCAAGCUAGCCGCCGUUUGGUGCAGUCCGCCGGACGGACGGGCGCGCUUAACACCGCAAUGGUGCGUUUGUCUUUUGCCUUGUGACACCACCGAGGACGACUCGGCUUCUGUUCUGGUCUGCCGGUUUAUUUACGUUGCGAGAUUGAAGGUGAUUCGCAAUGCAGCACGUCGGCGGGUGCUUGUCAGCAGGUGGAUGGCCAAGCUGACGCAAAGCUUCUGUAAUACCGACCGUCCAGAAGCACCACCGGACCUUUUUCAAGCGCAAUCAUGCUUCCAGGUGUCGGCGUGUUCGGCACCAGCCUGACCGCCAGGGUGAUCGUCCCCCUGUUGAAGAAGGAGGGAUUCGCCGUCAAAGCGCUUUGGGGCCGCACGCAGGAGGAGGCGGAGGAGCUCGCCAAGGAGAUGGACGUCCCGUUUUACACCAACCGGAUCGACGACGUGCUGCUGCACCAGGACGUGGAUCUGGUUUGCAUCAACCUGCCUCCGCCUCUGACGCGGCAGAUCGCCGUCAAAACCCUGGGUAUAGGAAAGAACGUGAUUUGUGACAGGACAGCAACGCCUUUGGAUGCCUUCCGAAUGAUGUCUGCAGCCCAGUACUACCCCAAGUUGCUGAGCAUCAUGGGAAAUGUCCUACGCUUCUUGCCAGCUUUUGUUCGAAUGAAGGAGCUGUUGGAGGAAGGCUACAUUGGGGAGCUUCUGGUUUGCGAGGCGCAGGUCCACAGCGGCAGUCUACUAGGGAAGAAAUACAACUGGAGCUGUGACGAUCUAAUGGGAGGUGGGGGCCUGCACUCAGUAGGCAGUUACAUCAUCGACCUGCUAACGUUCCUGACGGGCCAACGAGCGGCAAAAGUUCACGGCUUCCUUAAGACCUUCGUCAAACAGACGGACCACAUCCGAGGCAUCCGGCAGAUCACCAGCGACGACUUCUGCACAUUCCAGAUGGUGCUGGAAGGAGGGGCCUGCUGCACCGUCACACUCAACUUCAAUGUCCCCGGUGAAUUUCGACAAGAAGUGAUCAUCGUAGGAACAGUUGGGAGGUUAUCGGUCAUGGGGACGGACUUGUACGGACAGAAGAACAAUGGGGGAGGAGGCCCAGAACGUCUCCUCAAAGACACUACACCUCUUGAAAAGGCUUCCUUACCAGAGAAAGCCUUCAGUGACAUCCCUUCUCCAUAUCUCACCGGAAUGAUCCGAAUGAUCCAGGCCGUUCGGCAGGCCUUUCAGGAGCAGGACGAUCGGCGGACGUGGGACGGGAGGCCUCUGACGAUGGCGGCCACCUUUGAGGAUUGUCUCUAUGCUCUCUGUGUGGUGGAUACCAUCAAGAAAUCCAACCAAUGUGGAGAUUGGCAGAACAUUGUGGUUAUGACAGAGGAGCCAGAGGUCAGCCCGGCUUAUUUGAUCAGCGAGGCUAUGCGGCGCAGUCGGAUGUCACUCUACUGUUAGGAUCCAGCCACUUGCCUUCAAUUCAGGGGCAAAGUCUCCGGCUGAAGUUUUCGAUGCACUGCUAUCCCUGUCUGUCGUUAGUGACCUCAAUGGUAUGUUUGGUGCUGUCAAAUCUGUAUUGUUGCUGUCACUGGCCGGAUCAAUCCCGGUGCUAAAAGGUGUUUCUGCCUCAGCAGGAGAAGAAAAACAAUUCAUUAGUCAUCCAAAAUCUUUAUUGAUAAGAAAACCUUUCUUUUUCCUUUCUGAAAGCAUGACCUUGUCCAGAUCCAAGUACAACUGUGUUGUCCGUUACCAAAGGGGUAUCGCGCCGCUCACCUCCCGAAGACAACACGACGCACUCGUGAGUUUGAGUGAGACCAGCCAAGGGAGGACAAUAGUCCUUACGGCGAUGAGUGUCGUACUGCUGUAAUGUUGCUAUAAUACCAUGUACUGUACAGGUUUGCCAAGUGAAUGUUUAAAUUUUUCUUAAAAAGUGUGCUUCAGGCAACUUUUCUUCUCUUUGUGUGACACAAGAGAGGGAGCAAUCAAUAGUUGAUUAGCUGGUGGGAUUUUUAGUAGGCUUGAACCUCUGCUUCGAUCGUAUGCAAGAUGUCAUUUGCUGAGUUUUAGGCUGGAUUUACAAUGAGGCUCUAAAUGCCAAAUCCCGAGAGAGUGCCUGCAUCGGAAUUGUAGUUUUAGUGACCCAGAUCUCAUAUCCCAGUGGCACAGAAGUGAACAAUGAUAAAUAAGAAAACCAAUAUGAAACAUUACUUACAGUUUACUUGGCCUGGACAGACUCUUCCCCCGCAUUGGUUUAAAUGAAGGUAACCUCUGCAUUACUUUCCUCAUGUAAUGUUUCAUUGUAAUGUACCCUUAGACCCUAUUUAAUAGUCUAUGCUUUUCGCUGUAUUUAAGAUUUACAGUAGGUGCUUUUUGAUGUGUUUGACGCUGGUCUGCGUAUGUCACUCAUCAGCGUAUUUCCAUGAGGUCAGGCAUACAACAUUCAUGGCGUGUAGCCGAUCUCUCCGUUUACACUGCAGUUGGAUUGGCAGAUAUCUGAUACAUAUGUGAUCUUUAUCCACAUUUGGAAAAGACCUCAUUUUUAUCUGGGGAUAUCCGAUUUCAACAGUAUUUGUCGCUUUUUACAACCAAGAAGACGAAAUGUGUCGCAAUCGGAAUUGUGUCACAUGAAUCAUGCGGUUUAAAUCCAGCUUUAAUUUUCUAAUCUCAAUGGUUAAGAUAAAGUUGGAUACCCUGUUUAACUGUUACAAUAGAAACAGAACAGAACACUGGGAUGCUGGUUGACAUCCAUUUUGUUCAAACUUGGAAUAAAAAAAAUGUGUUUUUAAAUUCCUAUACAUAAUAAUGGCAACUAACGGUAAUGGAAUCUGUUAAAGGAUCCACCAUAGAACUUUUAUUUACUUUGAAGACAAUUGUUCAACAUUUUGAUGUUUCCAACUGUCAUACAAGAGUAAAAAAAUAAUAAUUGUCAAAUUAUCCAUAUUUUACUUAGCUGCCAGCACAGACGUGGGACAUUUUCGGUUCCAUAGUUGGUGUUACGGAUGAGACCUCGCGAAAACGCUGCGUUUUCUGCAAGAGGCGUAUUUGUUUCUGAAAUGUUGGUUUACAUUUUUAAAACUGUUCCACUUUAGAGGUUCUACUGUAGUUGAAUUGAGCGAUAAGUAUGCUGCAAGAAAAUAUAAUCGUGUCAUUUUUAUGAAGCCCGUUUGACACAUGCAACUUUGAAUGGGCAAAAAUCAAUGGAACACUGUUGCAUUGAGGUACAGUAGCGUAUGGUGCUGUAUGAAGGGUCACUUGUUAGGUUUAUUGUUAUGUACACUGUUUUCAGCAUUGCUUUCAUCAAAUGUCCAAGGUGUUAAACGCUAUUUUGCUCUGCUGCUUUGUCUUCCGUAGAAGUGUGGCUAGCACAUAAAUGUUUUUUUUUGGGGGGGGGGGGGGGGGGUUUUGGGAGUGCUUUAAACAUUGUUUCAUUCGAUUCAUUGGCUUUCAGUCUAGUCUCCGGACUCUUUCCCAUCAACCAGGAUUCCGGACACGACUGGCAGUUUUCCAAUGAAAAAGGCUCCUCUGCAAACCAAAAUGCCCCAGAUUGGAUUAGUUGAUCGUUAAGAAUUGUGUUAAACGUGUUAAAUGUAUUAGCGAUGAAUGUUCUCUUGAAGCAAUGGAGGCAAAAUGCACUACUUGGCUACAACUAACAGAAGCGCUGUUGACAACGCAACAGCUAUGCUCGUUGAGCGCCGUCCAUAUAGACUGGAACUCGCUGAGCAGCAUCACUAGCAACGAAACAGGAGUUAAACAAUCCAUUGAUGUUCAUUUUAACCCCAUAGUCCUUUUAGUGAAAGGACUGUCACUAACGUAAACAGAUAAUUUAAAAUAGUCUUGAUAUUCCUUAAUAUUGAGAUUCAGCCUCUAUAAUAACAUCCCAUCUAAUGCUUUUUAUAAACAGACAAUUCUUCUUAGUAAUUCAAUCACGGAUUGGAAGUUGAAGGGUUUUUUUUUUUUUUACACAUUUCUAAUUCCUCAUAAUUGAGAUGUGAUUUGUAUUUAAAAUUCAGCAAAAUGUCAGCCAAACUAUGAUGCAUCAUCUCUGAUGUUUUUUUGUUGUUGUUUCUUUUAAUGCAUCACUUUUCCCCUGUGUGGUUUAACUUUCUUAGAACAACGUUAUGCUAUGUAACAACUACUGAAAAUGUACAUAUGGUUGUAUCAUCAAAGGAACAACAUAUUUGUCUAAAUAAGCAGUACUGUAUGUAUUUUGUUUGUAAAAGAAUUAUAAUAACCGGAACCUUUUUUCAUGAGUAUUGUCAGGUAUUUAUUGUUUGUCUGCUGUUUGCUGCUGAAACGUCAUGGACAGAGAUGCAGUGUACGCGACCUGGGACAAUAUAAGCUGGACCAUAUAUUUCCCGUCUAUAAAAUAGAAUGGUUUGAAACACCCUGGUCUGUAAGGUGUAUUUUAUUUUUUAUUUUUUACACACACACACACACAAUCACACACUGUUUUUUUGAACGAUCAUGUAUCUCUAAAUUGCUUUGUAAUUGUAAAAGCUUUAAGCUUCCAAUGUUCUUGACUCAAACUUGCAGUGAGCAGUCAUCUUAUUUCCAACAGUUGUAAGUCAUUUUUAGUUAAAUAUUCACUUGCCAAUUGUGCAUAUAUUACGAUUACUAUUUAGUUUGGGGACUGGGAGUGUGCAUUUAAUUACCCCCCCC